GAGUGCACAACACACAACUCCAGUACCAAUUUCUAGGGUCACUCUUUCUUUCUCUCUUGUGCCGAGCGUUCCCAAGUUCUUCGGGUGGCAGUGAGCCAUCGUUGUUCUGUUAAUUUCCUCGCCAAAAUCAUCGCAGCAAUCGAUUAAGAAGAAGAAGAAAUGAAUUGUUUUCUGUGGUUCAUUGUCUUCUCUCAUCCCGUGGAUACAACUUGCCCUUGUUGAAAGAGCUCAUCAUUUUCGGUAAAUCAUAUUUUGGCCAGUAGAAUGCCAUUGAAAUAAGCUGUUAAUGAUUUCACCAUCUUGUUGGGACUGUGAAGUGCUUUGCCCUGAUCAUCAUUGCUCGACGGUUUUAGUAUGAAGCGUAAAGAACCACCCAUGUUCCCUUUUAAUGCGGAAAUGGAGACAGACAAAAUCAGCAAGUUACCCGGGCAUAUUAUGGACAGAAUUUUGUCACAUUUGUCACUUAGGGAUGCAGUGAGGACAAGUGUAUUGUCAAGCAGGUGGAGGUACAAAUGGGUCACCCUUCCGCAUCUUGUUUUUGACAAUCAGUCUGUUGUGCUCUCUUCUCAAGAUCAAACACUUAUAAAAAAUAGGAUUGUGAACAUUAUUGAUCAUGUCCUCUUACUUCAUGUGGGCCCAAUUCACAAGUUCAAGCUUUCUCACAGAGAACUUCAAGGGGCCAGUGACAUUGAUCGAUGGAUUCUUUUUCUAUCAAGAGGCUCUGUCAAAGAAUUUGUACUUGAAAUAUGGAAGGGACUUCGUUACAAGUUACCUUCUUCUUUAUUCAUUUGCCAAAAGUUAAUUCAUUUAGAGCUGUUUAAUUGUCUUUUAAAACCCCCUCCAAAAUUCGAUGGCUUUAAGAUCUUGAAUAGCCUUGAUCUUCAGCACAUUACGAUGGACCAAGAUGUAUUUGAACAUAUGAUAUCUAGCUGCCCUCUGCUUGAGAGACUGACAUUGAUGAACUUUGAUGGUUUCAUCCAUCUUAACAUUUGUGCUCCAAAUCUCCUAUUUUUUGAUGUUGGAGGUGUGUUUGAAAAUGUCAGUCUUGAGAAUACCUUCCAUCUAGCUAUUGUAUCCAUUGGUCUGUAUGCAAAUGCUGGAUAUGACCAAAAUGUGAUCCUUGGCAACACUGGCAACAUGAUCAAGUUUUUCGCUCAUCUGCCUCGCAUUCAAAGGCUUGAGGUGCAAUGUUUUUUUCUGAAGUAUUUGGCUGCUGGUAAGGUGCCAGGAAGGCUGCCUACACCAUGUAUUGAGCUGAACUACCUUUCUAUACGCAUAAAUUUCAAUGAUGUGGAGGAGAAUUUGGCAGCCCUGUGUCUUCUUAGAAGUUGUCCUAACAUACAAGAGCUUGAGAUGCUGGCUCGGCCUGAGGAACAGACUUCUGUGCGAGCAGUUGCUAACAUUUUGGAAGAAGAUUAUCUCAGUUGUCCAUUCAACCAGCUGCAGCUUGUUAAAAUAGCUGGAAUCUCUGGUGGUAGACAGGAACUGGAUUUUAUCAACUUUCUGCUUGCAAAUUCACCUGUGCUUGAGCGUAUGACAAUUAAGCCUGCCGCACUCGAUGGAGCAUUGGAGUUACUAAAAGAAUUGCUCCGACUCAGGCGAGCUUCGGUUCGGGCAGAAAUCAUUUAUCUAGACCCAGAAAGAUAAUAAAAUGGUCUACUUUGUAAAGGCAAGAUUCAAGCAACAAAGGUAUCACAUUUUCCAGAAUGAAAUUCUCCACUUAUGUUAAUUUGCCGCUUAAACCAUAGAAGCUGCUGGGAUCAGUUUGAAUAUCUUAUGUUCUGCAUUGUGGUUAAGCUUCCAGUACUAGCAGCUAUAGUAGGCUUAUGGGGUUUUAAUCCAUUCAGGUGAUACAUAUCAAAAGGAGUUGUACUAUAAUGUUGCUUCAAUUCUUAGUUGUACUAUGUGUUAAUUGGAAUAUCCGACUUCAGGCCUUGUGCAACUGGACUGCCCUUAGCACCAUAACAGUCGAUGAACAUUGAAUGUACAGAAAUGGCUACAGUUUCUCGUAUUCGUAUUAACAGCGACUCUGAGAGGAAUGUUGUUAUGUGGUGCUAACCAAACUAAGAUAUUUCACUCAUCUUCUUAAUGCAUGUCAUUUACAGCCUGCACAGGUAUAUCGGGCUGCCGCCUUCUGGGUUUCCAUUAUUCUAGGUAUCACUCGGUUUUCCCCUACAAACCAUUGAUUCCUGUAUACAUAUGCAGUUUCUCCUGGAGCUAAGAAAGGCCACAAAGAUGAGUGCUUGUAUGCUUUCUCCCUCUAUUAUAUCUAUGGUGGUAGCUAGCAGUGUCUUUACAAGCAAACGCAUUAAAUCUUGCGCUUGCUGCCCAAACUUUUUG